GGAGAGGCGCCGGCCACGGCCUGGUCAGCCCCGGGGGCGCUGAGGUCGCCGAGGAGGAUCAGCGGUGUGAGGGCUGCGAGGACAGGGCGUGUGCCACUUGAGAAGCGUGUUCAGAGGCUGGCUGGGUGGGAGGAGAAUGUCCAUGGGAUUGGCACAGGUCUCGAACAUGGGGCGGCUCGGGCAGUCGCGCAGCAGAGCCUGACCCUCAGCGGAUCGUCCCUCAGGCGUCAGCUCCCAACAGCAGGGAAGGGAGCCUGCGGCGGACCCAGAGGAGACAGGAGCCGACUUCCCCGGGCUCCGAUGCGCAGGCCCAGAGCCCGUCAAUCCUUGGCCAGCCCCGCCCUCCGGGCUGCGUUUUUCCGGCGGCGCAGGAACUUCCUGCGCGGUUGCUAUGGUUCCGAGGGCAGGACUAUGGGAGGCUGCCCUGUACGGAAAAGAAGAAGAAAUGGCAGUAAAGAGGGCAACCAUCAUUCCACCCAGCCCAAAAGGAAUAAGAGAAACCCUAUCUUUCAGGAUUCUCAAGAUACAGAGGUAGCAAUUUUCAUGGAGUGAUAAUGAAAGGAGCAGCAGCCGCAUUAAUAUCCCAGAGAGAGCAAGUGGACCAGAAGGCAACUUAAACCAGAUUGUUACUGAACCCGGUGCAAACUUUCCCCAGUUCUUGCAUGAGGGGUAUGUACCAUGCCAAGGUCUUUACUCCCAUAUCAACCAGACCUUGAAGGAGGCUCACUUCAACAGCCUACAGCAGCGAGGGCAAGCUCCAACAUGAUGAAUUAGGACUUCCUUAUUCCAACCUAAACUGUGUUUAUAAAAGCAAUUGCAUACACACCAAAAAAAGUCUAUUGGUUUUUAAGUCUACAUUUUAAGUAACAAGUUAAUGGGCAGUUGUUUAAUUGGGGUUUUACUUCACUGUUGUACUUUUAAAGGGGCUGUGAAUAAAUGUUUAUGAAAUUUUUAUUUUUAUUUUUAUUUUACUCUUUCUACAUGGAGUUUUCAAGUUGAGUGUCAAUUUCAUGUUAAGGUAGCAAUAUGAGGAAACUUCUCCUGUGCAUUGAAGCCAUAUGUCCAAUUCAGAUUGAUUUCCAGAUCUGUCAGUUAGAAACUCUAUGUUAAACAUCUUUUUAAAAUACAAGUAAGUCUUCAUUUUUAAAAAUACAGUAGCCUAGUAAAGAGGUAUGUAGCUUUCAUUUAAAAAACAAACAAAAAAUCCACACUCAAAAAACCAUAAGUUAGUAUUCCCAAAUAUGCAAAGCCAGAUUCAGUCUUGCACUGAAAUGAACUGCCAUACUCCCCUCAGAAGGUAGAUGUUCUGUUGAAAUUGCUCUCUAGUUGUAAUGGCAACAAUCAGACCCAGUUUAGACUAUGAACAUGAAAAUCUCUCUCUAAUAACUGUCUCUACACUUUGCAUUUCCAGGGAGAAUGUUUCUAAGGCUCUUGUAUACUUAGAUACCUUCUGUAUCAUUUAUCCUCUAGAGUGUGCACUUCAGACUUAGUAGGAAACACUGCACAAUUCUGUCAGAUAAGAAAUAUGUAAUAACAUUUUGUCUUAAACAAAAAUUUAUUGCAUUAGCACAUUAUGUGAUCUCAUAAUUCCAUCUAUUAUGUAUAGAGUUAAUGUUAAUACAGUGUAAGCUACUAAACUGAUGUUUAAAGUAACAAGAAUUGUGGAAGUGGGUUGGACAACUGUCCACUUUAUGCUACAUAGACCCUUUCCCAGAGAUUAGGGGGCUAGCUUCCAUUAUUAAAAUUGCAAAGAUUCACAUGGCUUAGAAACAAUAAGCUGAGAUGCCAUUAAAAGAAACAGGCAGUACUAUUUAUUUAGAGAUGGGGGGGUCCCCAUGUUUUAGUCAUACUAAAGAGCCAACCAAAUUUGAAUGGGGAAUUCAUAGAUGUGCUUCCUCAGUGGUGAGCUGUGUGAACAAAGGACCGGGAUGCAUCAGGUUAUCUGCCCUGGACUAUGCAAGGGGUACAACCUGUUGCUAGAUUUAAACAAAAAUGCGUUAGAGUCUAACAAUCCUCUCCUCCCUGGUCACAUUAUCUUUUCCACUAUAUUUGGAGGUCCACAGAGUGUAAACUAGCAGAUCUGAGAACUAUGGAUAGCUCUACAAAGAGGUGUUUGCCAAUUGGCAAGGUUUGGAAAAGACGUAAGGUUACAGUUUUACUGAAAGAAGAAUGAGAUUUUAUUAAAUGACAGAAUUAACAUAUGAAAAUGAACACUAUCCUAGGAAAAGAAUACAUACCUACACACACACACAUUUUCAUGGUUGUUUCCUUGAAUAUGGGUAGGAUUUUAAGGAAGAUACUUGCAGUAGAAUUUUAGUGUUAUGGGGAAAAAAUUACAGCACCACAUUGGCCUCAAACUUAGGGAGUAGGCAUGAGUCAAUUAUUUCUUAAUUAGAUGGUUUGAGUAAGAACAUUUUUUCUAUGGCCAGUGCUUCCAAAGUCAAUACCAGAUGUUUGGUGAGAAGAAAUUUAAAUUCUAAAAGGUUUUAUGGCAGAAAAUAGAGAAAGGAUACCUAGCCACCAGUUUCUCUAACAAUAAAGUGAGCAACUAAGUACUAAAGAAGAUGAGAUAUUUGAAUUUUCAACCCACAUGUACACAACAGGAUUCAGAAAUACCCAGGAAGAAUUCUGCAUGCUUAAAUACAUAGCAUCCUACUGAAAGAAAGUGUCUAUUAAAAACACAGUGUAGUUGAACAGCUGAGAAAGCAAAUUUCCAUUCAUUCCCCCAUUUAAAGAUAUGAAAGAUAAAACUAUCACCAUGACAAAGCAUUAUUUUUUCAAAGUAAAAUAAUAAUAAUAAAGCAAUUACAUACAGAAAAAGUGUUGGCUUUUCAGUCUCUAUAAGACUUUUCAGUACUUAGUUGAACUAAGUAAGCACAGUCUUAUUCCAGAGUGGUCAGUGUAAAUCUCUUGUCCUAGUAAAUACAAUAUGCAAUCUCUGUCCUGUCUUUUGCAGAUUGUCUAAACCUGUUUAUGUCAUAAACUGGUUUAUGUCCUUUGGUCCUGAAAUAAAACUCAAUACUUCACAGCAGGGAAGGAACCAAGCUGUUUAAAACUACUUAUCUCCGCUAUGAAGGAGAAGUAUUUUCAAGGAAUAUCAGAAGAAAGUAGAAAGUGAGAGGAGGUUCCAGCUGGGCUUCCUGGGUCAAGUAGGGGCUCAGAAAGCUGCGAAACUCACUCAUUUCCUGCAUGCGGACUUACUUUGGUUCUGGAUGAAUAAUAUUGAAGAUAUGUGCUUAAAACAUUCCUAACAUCAGAAUAUGUGCCUGUGUUUUCUUCCCCAAGAAAGCUAUAAACAGCGAAAAUUUUGUUGUAAGCUUCCCUGUGUCCUCUCUCCCUCUCUCCCUCUCUCCCUCUCUCCCUUCCCCCUCCCCUGAAACUAAAAGGAAUGUUAAAAGCCUACUUUUCUGUGACCAGCAGACCUUAUCUAUGGUCCCAAUUCCAAUUCCUUGUAAACACAAUUUGUAAAAUCCCGUGAGAUCCUGUCUCCUUUGCCAUCCCGCUGCAAGGUUAUAAGUAGAGAAAACUUAAGUUACAAUUCCAGUUUUCCUCAAGAUCUGAGACAUGUUAAUUGUCUUUGUUUCUCCCUCUGGUAACAUCUUCCCACCGCACAUAUUUCCUGCCUUAGAGAGUUUAAAAGGUGAUAAAAAAAAUCUAACACUGGCUACCCCGCUCGGGACCCCUUCCACGCUGUGAAAGCUUUGUACUGUCACUCUGCUUAAUAAAGCCUACAGCUUUUUUUCUCUCGGUC